AUGAUCAAAUCUGUUUUGAUACCUUAUGAUAAAUAUAUCAGACUCGAAAAUUCCACGCGUAAAACUGAGGAGGGAAAUAACAAAACCAUAGAUCAGUCGCCAACUAAUACUGAUAAAAUGGAUGGUGGAAUAGGUACACGUAAACCUAGUCAAACGAAGCAAGUUGAUUCCGGGAGUAAUGAUGCAUCUACGUUUUCCUCGGAAAAUAAAUUGGAUGCCCCAUCCGAUAGCGACUUUAAGGAAGGUACCUCCAGUAAACAAAAUCAUGACACGGGGCUAUCAACCAGUGAUGAUGAUGAUGAUGCAAUAGGGAUGCCUAGCUAUACCGAUAAUACACCUAGGUUCAUUUACAAAAGAAGCGCCACAUCGUACAAAGUACCGGGUAUUCCGGCCAAAGCUCUUAAGAGACCACGUAAAAACAAAGCAAAAUGGCUGCCAUUUUAAACACUCUAUUAGGACAUAUUUGAAUACAAUGAUAUGAAUAUCACCCCUGUAGGCGUAAACUUGUUUGUUGGACUAAAUACAGACUUUGCCUACUUAAUUAUAGCUGUCUUAUUUACCAUUGUAUUUAAUUAGACCGAUAUAAAUCAAUUAAACUCAUGUAAUUCAUGUGAUCUUCCCAAGUUACUUGGUUCACUUCGUAUUUUUGUUUUAAUUGAGGAAUCGCUAAAUAGUAUUGAAAUAUAGGAAAGGUAUUUAAAAAAGAUUUUAGGAAAUCUGCAUAUUUAUUCAAGACCAG